CUUGCCCCUCUUUCUGUUAUUUCAGGCAGAUGCGGGGAAGUCGGAGGGGAGGCGGGCGGCUCUCCUGCCGAACGGAUUGGCUUGGGGUUGUUUUGCCCGCUCCGCUCCGCAACCAAGGACGCUGGAAGCCACCUCUGGAGCGCCCCCCGUUUCCCGCGGCGGAGAGUUUUCGCUGAAUUGUUUUCCCCUCCCGCUUUUCCUCCUUGCCAUGCACCAGGAUCUAACCACCGCCAGCGGCGGCGGCGGCGGCGGCGGCAGCAGGAGGAACUUCCCAAACAGGAACCUAAUGGCUGCGAGGGUGCAAAUCUAAGCGCGAAGUCUUUCCCCCAUCCUGCCCGGGCAGGAAGGCUGUGCAAAGCGUGCGAGCGAGAGCCAGCAACCAUGAGCCCGGGGGCUCAGCACUGAUGCCCGCAUCGCUGCCCCCGGCGGGAGAAUUCAGAGGCUCUCCCUCCUUCGGGGCACCGCAGGCUGCGAACGUGUGACCAGGAGGCACAAGGAGAAGAGGAGAAAGCGGGAGGGAAACUCGCUUCUGGCAGCCCAGGACUCCCGAGCCCGCCUUUGAACUUCCCUCGAACUCCCGAUUGCGCCUCUCCUCGCCUGGUUCCUUUGCGCCGAGAGAUUUAUUGUUCUUGUUGCAGUUUUUCGAGACGUUGUAAUUGUCUCUUUAAAAUAUACCUACACACAAAACACACACCCCCAGAACUAUUUUUGGCCAAUAUCAUGGCGAUGAAAGGGGCUGUCGCAAACACCGGGAUCUUGUUAGUUACAGCCAACGUUGGAUCCUUGUUCGAUGAUCCAGAAAACCUACAGAAGAAUUGGCUUCGGGAAUUUUAUCAGGUUGUACAUGCACAUAAACCACACUUCAUGGCAUUACACUGUCAAGAGUUUGGAGGGAAAAACUAUGAAGCAUCUAUGUCUCACGUGGACAAGUUUGUUAAAGAAUUGCUAUCUAGUGAUGCAAUGAAAGACUACAACAGAGCCCGGGUUUAUCUGGAUGAAAAUUUCAAGUCGCAGGAACAUUUUACGGCACUGGGCAGCUUUUACUUUCUACAUGAAUCCUUGAAAAAUAUUUACCAAUUUGACUUUAAAGCUAAGAAGUACAAAAAGGUUACGGGGAAAGAGAUCUAUUCAGAUACAUUAGAAAGUACACCUAUGCUGGAAAAAGAAAAGUUCCCACAGGAUUAUUUCCCUGAGUGCAAGUGGUCCAGAAAAGGAUUCAUACGAACAAGAUGGUGUAUUACUGACUGUGCCUUUGACUUGGUAAACAUUCAUCUUUUCCAUGAUGCUUCCAAUUUAGUUGCUUGGGAAACUAGCCCAUCCGUUUACUCGGGAAUAAGGCAUAAAGCCCUCGGUUAUGUACUUGACAGAAUUAUAGAUCAGCGGUUUGAACGUGUUUCAUAUUUUAUCUUUGGUGAUUUCAACUUUCGACUGGAUUCAAAGUCAGUGGUAGAGACACUUUGUGCAAAGGCUACAAUGCAAACUAUCCGGGCUGCUGACACUAAUGAAGUAGUCAAACUAAUAUUCCGUGAAUCUGAUAAUGACCGUAAGGUUAUGCUACAGUUAGAAAAGAAACUCUUUGACUAUUUUAAUCAAGAUGUUUUUAGAGAUAACAAUGGCACUGCGCUUUUGGAAUUUGACAAAGAGCUGUCAGUGUUUAAAGACAAAUUAUAUGAACUGGACAUUUCAUUUCCUCCCAGCUAUCCUUAUAGUGAAGAUUGUAGCCAGGGAAUGCAAUAUAUGAAUACUAGAUGUCCAGCUUGGUGUGACAGAAUCCUUAUGUCACAUUCUGCCAAAGAACUCAUUUUGAAGUCAGAAAAUGAUGAGCGGCAAGUGGUAUAUGACCACAUUGGACCAAACGUCUGCAUGGGGGACCACAAGCCCGUGUUCCUGUCCUUUCGAAUAGCCGCUGGGGCAGGUAAACCUAUUGCCAAUAUGCACAAGUGUUGUGUCGUGCAGUGACGUGGUGGAAAAAGAUGCCUCCGACAUGAGAAGAUAUUUCGGGAAAGUUCAUUAUAGCGAGGAGGAGGAAGAGGAGGAAGGCUUCAAAGUCCUGCCCAUCGCUUAAACCGUGACAGCUCUAGCCAUCCAUCCAAGUCCUGCGUGCCCUGUCCUUUUAUUAUUACUGUUCUUGUUAUUUUAGGCUCUUUAUGCGCCAUUAGCUUAUUUUGGGCGUGGACACAAGUCCCCACCAUCCCCCAAAAUCUCUCAUACCUCACUGUCUUGUAUAUUCCUGUGUCAUCAAAAGUGGACUUUUUUAUUUUUAUAUGGCAAUGCCUAUAUUAUGCUACCGUCUGGUUGCCAAAACGUGCCAACAACAAAAGAAAAACCCUCACACUAGCUUGUUACGGUGUUUUGUGUUUUGGAUUUCACUGUUAGGUUUGUGUUUUUAGUUGGUCAGCGUGGAAUGAGUGUAUAUAUAUAUAUAGACAGAUAUAUAUAGACACACCUUCAGCAUUAAGACCAUUUUCACCACCUUUCCCUAGCUUAAAGCCAGGUUGGGAUUUUGUAUAUUGCCUUGUAUAGAAGUCCUGCUAUGUUAUUGUUGUCAUUUCACCCUGUGAUAUUUGGGAGAGGAUCCAAAUUUGUUUUGGUUUUUUGUUUUGUUGUCCUUUUUAUAGAUUUGUUUUCUCAUGUUAUUUACUAUACUGCCAUGUUCCAUGGUUUCUGAAUCACACAACAGCAGCUGCUUUCUAUACGUGUAUAUAUUUAUAUAUAUAUUGUAUGUGAGUGUGUAUAGAGAUAUAUAUAUACACAGAUAUAGAAAUAAUUUAUAAUUACAAACGGUCUGUCUUUCCUGAUAGAAGUAGACUUUUCCAAACGAGCCCAAACAGUACCACCGUUGUCCGGCAGGAAAUUCUGCCACCGGUGAUUCAACUCGGGAUUAACUUGCAGACUGAAGAGGGGAGGAGGAGCUCUCCAGGGGGAGAGGCUGUUGGACGCUUCACACCCCCUUCUGAAACACGUUUCCUCCGCGUGGAGAGCCACGGCCGUCCCACCGAGGUCUGGCGACUCGACCUGAUUCCUUGCAGCCUUGCUUCCAGUUACUUCGGAGCAACCCUGCCUAGGCUCAGCGCUAACAGCGCGGACACGUGUUUCAGGAGGCGGGUGUGAGCCCCCGCAGACUGCUGCCAGUUGAGAGCUGCUGGGGCCGACGGGUCUUUCCCCGUUGCGCGUACAGCGAGGGCGCUCAGCAGCCUCGCCGCUAAGCAGCAGCCCUGAUGCCAAGCGCGUUAGUGGAGAGCAGACGCAAGACCCGGGGAUGGGGGAUGGACCAGCCCUUCGUCGGGGAGCACUUGUUGACUCGGACUAGAGGAGGGUCGGGAAAGCUGAAGCUUCAUUGAGAGCUCCCCCCCCCCACUACAGCAUUAAAAGGUGAUUAGCGAGUCUGUUGAAGAAACACACGCGCAGAGCGUUAUUGAUUUCAUUGAGAACA